AUGCCCCAGAUCAGACUCCGCUCUACAACAGGAUGGAACAACUUGCUGGCUUUUUGGUGAGGGCUUUGUAACUAACAGGGGAAGUACCCCAAGUGCGACGCUCAGAUUUUGAUGAAACUUGGCACAGAUUUAGAGUAAUUUUUUCUAAAAUAUACGCGAGAAUCCUAGCUCGCGCUUUGCAGAAACAACCGAGAUUUUUAGAUUGAAAGUCGGCGAAAAUUUGACACUUUUUGCCGAAUUUCGGCACGAAAACUUUCAUGCCUAUUUCAACUGUAAAGGAUAAUGUUUCUACAUAAAAUCAAAUUUUUCCGCACGAAACUGCCAAAGUUAUGGCCAAAAAGUGCUUUUCUCUCUGACCGCUCUCCGCGUUUAGCGUGCUCUCUCGGCGGCAAAGAUCGUUCGAUAUCUCGGCGGCGCCCCCAAAGCGCGAGCUAAAAUUUUCAGGAAUUGAUAUUUAGUCCAUGCCCAACGUGUGUGCAAAAUUUAAAGAAAAUCUGAGCGUCGCACUUGGGGUACUUUCCGUGUAAAUGAACUUUGAUUUUUAGGGUCUUGGGAUUAUGCAGCAACUUUGCAUAUGUGAUUAUGCUGUCAUCGGCAAAGGAUAUUUUGGAUAUCGACAAGAAAAGCAAUGAUACUGAUAAUGAAGUCUGCAUUGUAAGUUGGUCUCUUUUUUUCGAGAUUCACAGCAAACGUGUUCAGCCCGACAUCUCAAAGUUCAAAUGCUCAUCAAUUUCGACCGGUGCAGUCUUAUUAGCUGACAUUAUUCCCUCUCUGGUGAUAAAAAGUCUGGCCCCAAUAUUCUUGUACAAAUUAGCAUACAAGUAAAUAGCAAGAUUUUUUGUGAUUGUUUUUUUAGUGUAAGGAUAAUAUUAACAGUGAUAUUGAUGACAGCGAGUUUCCUUGUGGUGGCCUUUUCAACGAGCGUAACUAUUGGCCUGUUUGGAGUUACUUUAGCCAGUUUAGGAGCAGGCCUCGGAGAAGUUACUUUCUUGUCAUUAUCAUCAAAUUUUAAAAAGUAAGAUGGUUUUUAUAAUUAACGUUGAUUUAGUGACGUCGUCUCUACAUGGUCUUCUGGGACAGGCGGAGCGGGGGUCUUUGGAGCUCUAACUUACGCAAUGUUGACCGAACGUUCGAUGAUGGGACUGGCCCCUCAGACAUCUUUAAUGGUCAUGCUGAUUGUUCCCGUUAUGUUUUUUCUUACGUAGGUUAGUUGUUUCUUUAUCUACAUUCUGCCAACCAUUUCAGCUACUGGAAGUUGCUAAUAUCUCCACCAGCUAUAUACAAGGCGGUUCUGUGGAAGCCGCAGUCUUAUUUAAUACCUCAAGAUGCCAGAUCACGACAUCCUUCAGAGGUUUCCGAUGAACAGAACCGGCCUCUUAUUGAUUCUAAUAGUUCCGGGGAAGAGGAAGGACUCCCUUCAUCACAACCUGAGCCCCAAACUUUCUGGCAAAAGAUCAGACCCCUUUUGAAAUUUAUGCUUCCGUUGUCUACCGUAUACUUCGGAGAAUACUUUAUUAAUCAGGGAUUGGUAAGUGGAAUAUCAAGAAAAGUCUAGUUUUAGGUGGAAUUAAUGGUAUUUGACUGCUCUCAUGGUUUCUCGAUGUCCGUCUCUUCGCAAUAUAGAUGGUACCAAGUGUUAUAUCAGAUUGGCGUCUUUGUUUCCCGAUCCUCUUCCAGUUUUAUAGUGCUGUUGUGGAGAACGCUCCCUUUGUUGGCUUUUCUUCAACUUAUGAAUGCCACUGGUAUUCUGAUACAAACCACUUCCAGACUGAUCCCACAUAUCUUUUUCAUUUUUUGGUGGAUUUUAUUUGAGGGGUUUUUGGGAGGCGCUGCCUAUGUUAAUACUUUCCGUAUGGUGCACAAAGACAUUCCAAUCGCUUCUAGAGAGUUUGCCAUGAGUUUUGUGUCCACUUCGGACUCCUUUGGUAUUUUGUUAGCGGGUUUUGCUGCAAUUCCGGUUCAUAAUUACAUCUGUAACACAUUUUAUCAGUUUUUUUGAUUAUGGGUUAAGUCGUUUUGUUUUUUUUUUCACUUUUUAUCUGUACUCUAGUCCGCCAGAUAUCAUGCAAAUCAUAUUUAUGGGUGUACAUUAUGUUAUAAAAUAAAACGAAAUACCACGUGAAAAGAGCCUUUGUUGCAGGAACCGGUCGCUCUGUGGGGCGCGCAAGGAAUUGAGGAAUGGUGGAAGUGGAAGGCGAAAAAAGAAAUCGCUCAAGGUUACUCCCAACAACGCGAGUCUAGGGUGA